AGCAGUUGUCCAAAACGGCAUGUGGGACCAAAUCCGAGUGGAUCAUGGCAGGGAGUUUUACUUGACCCUGUACAUGCAAGAAAAGCUGUCUCAACACAGACGUAACAUCAACAGGCUACCUUAUGUACAGACAACUUCUUCAAGGAACCUUCGUGUGGAAAGAAUUUGGCUAGAGGUCAACAAUCGGGUGAACUAUCCACUAAAACAGGCCCUUGUUCACCUGCUGGAUCAAGAGCUGCUCGACAUCCAGGAUAAUAUAACCAAAUGUUGUGUCUCCAACCUGGCAUGUCAAGUGAGUCAGAUUGGACUUGCCAGGGUUGUGCAGUCCUGGAAUGCCCAUAGGAUACCAGGCAGAGGGAUACCAAACCAACUUGCAGCUAAUAUUUGUCCAGCAAGAAUUCCCACAGAGCUGUUGCCCAACGCUGCCGAGGCAGCACACAUGUAUGAGCAGGAGUUGGGCUCCUCCCUGACUUGGGUAUCUGCCUUUGGCUCUGACCCAUUUUCAUCAGAGCAAGACCGAUGUCGUGCUGAGCAGCUGUUUGGAGAGAGGUUUCCAGACAUGUCUCUUCUUUUUGGAAAAGUGGUUAACAAUGACCAUAGUGUGUUUCAGGAGGCACUGUUCUAUCUGAUCAAUGUUACUGAAAGACAUGCAAGAUAAAUACAGUUGGGGGUAUCUGAUACUAGGCCAGUGGUAGACUAGGUACACAAAAAGUACUGUGUGGUUAUAAUUGUCACAUUUCUAAAGCUAGAACCUUAAGAUGUUUUUACAUGAAAAAUGCCUUCACGCCAAUUAAUAUAUCAAUUGACUUAUUGAUUAAUCAACUUGUUCUUUUCAGCUGUACUUGUGUAAAACUGCUAAUUUAUAACAUGAAAUUGUACUAAAUUUGUGAGCAGUCAAAUGAAUGUAGUGGAGUAAAAGUAGAAUAUUUCCUCUGAGAUUUAGUGGAGAAGUAAAAAGUCAUGAAAAGAAAAUACUCAAGUAUCUCAACUUUCCACCAAUGAACUAUGCAUAUGUUUGUACAGUAGU